CUACAUCCCCUCACUGGAAAAUCAUAAUGACAAUAUAGAUAAGAGGUUGACUAGCUACAGCCAGCUUUCUUCAAGUAUCAUCACAGCUUUCCAGGACGGGUUGAAGUAGUCUCCUAUUCUGAAAGAAGCGAAGAGAGCAAAUCAUUUACAUGGAGCAAAUAGUCAGCAAUAACUGUAAAUUUGAUGAUGAGAGUUUCAAUCAGUGUAGCGAAGUGCUGGAGCAUGCUCAAGUUCGACCUCAAAAAGAGAUGAAAUUCACCGGGCAAGGAUGAGUCCUGUAGUUGUCGUGGCCAUCAGGAGACAGAAAUGAAUCCAAUGAGUGAGGAGACUAAGGAUCAUGUUCGGUACCGGAAAUUCUACAAGGCUUUACAAGAAAAUGACUGGGAAAGUGUAGAUGAUUACAUAACCCAAAAUCCCGAUGCCUUGACCGCAAUUAUUAAAGUUCAUUGGCAGGAGACAAUUUUUCACAUAAUUACUAGAAAACUAGGCACACCCUUGUGGCUUAUCAAGAGGCUUGUAUCAAAGAUUCCUCCAGAGCGUCUAGAACAACUGACAGAUCGGUAUGGUGGAACGGCUUUAUUCUGCGCAGCUUCGUUUAGAAAUACGCAGGCUGCAAAAGCCUUUGUGGGUAGCAACAAGAAUUUGCCGAAUGUUCCCAACUUCAAGGGCUAUCUUCCGAUUCAUCGAGCAGCUGCAUGUGGGCACAAGGAGAUGAUUCAAUAUCUGCUCGAAGUAACAACUGCUCCCUUGAAUGACGAAAAAGGCGUUCCACUGUUUAAAAGUUUGAUUAGUUCUGGUCUCUAUGGUUCAGCUUAUGACUUAUUGAAGAAAUAUCCAGGCUUAAUAUCUAAAACCAAGGACAGAGGAAGUAUAUUAGAAGUGCUGGCUAAUAAGCCGCUGGCAUUUCAAAGUGGGAGUCGGUUUGGAUAUUGGCGACGGUUGAUCUAUAAUCGGAUUCCUCUGCCAGAAAAACACAUUCGUUACCCUGAAAAUGGACAUGGAGAUGAGGAGAAUCAAAUUAAGGGUUCAAAGAAGUGUAAAAAAUUCACUUGUUUUGGAUCUAUUUGUCGACAAAUCUUCACUGCAUUUGGUGCUUCGGGCAAUAGAUUACACAUUAUGCUCUGGAAUGCCCUCGCCGACUUAGUUCCAGGCGUUAAAAACAUUCGCGAUACAAAGUUAAUGCACAUGCAAACCCUUGAAAUAGUUCGAAUGAUGUGUCAUGAUGGAGUUAUUUGGAGUAAGGAAGAAGCCUGUCAGUCAUUAUGCGACCCAAUUCUUACAGCCGCUAGCUUGGGGAUUUGUGAGAUUGUCCGUGAAAUUCUCAAGGCCUAUUUCUAUUCUUACGCUUUUAAGAAUGCAAGCGGACAUGCUUCAUCUUGCAAUUUUACAUCGCCAAGAAAAUGUUUUUAGUCUAGUAAAAAAAAUGGACUCUUUUUUAUGGGAGUGGAAAGCGGCCCCCAAGCAUGAACAAGGCCACAACGUUUUGCAUUUAACUGCAGAGUUAGUAAUAUCAAGUCAAGUCUCUGGUGCAGCAUUGCAAAUGCAAAGAGAGUUACAAUGGUUCACGGCAGUGGAAAGAUAUGUCCAUCCAUCACUUCAAGAACAACGAAAUGAAGAUGGUAAAACUCCUAGAGAGGUGUUUACUAAACAACACGAGGGAUUAGUGGAGAAAGGUGAAAAAUGGAUGAAGGACAC